CGCCCGGGGGGGGGCCCACGGCCAUGCAGCAGGUCCUGGACAACCUCAUGGCCCUCCCCAACUCGCCGGUGGCCGCGGACCUGGACCUCAUCUUCCUGCGCGGCAUCAUGGAGAGCCCAAUAGUAAGGUCCUUGGCGAAGGCCCACGAGCGGCUGGAGGAGACGAAGCUGGAGGCCGUGCGGGACAACAACGUGGAGCUGGUGCAGGAGAUCCUGCGUGACAUCGGGCACCUGGCGCGCCAGGACAGCGCCGCGGCUGAGCUGGCCCGCAUCCUGCGCGAGCCCCACUUCCAGUCACUGCUCGAGACCCAUGACUCGGUGGCCUCCAAGAGCUACGAGACCCCCCCGCCCAGCCCCGGCCUGGAUGCAGCCUUCAGCAACCAGCCGGUGCCCCCCGAUGCCGUGCGCAUGGUCGGCAUCCGCAAGACGGCCGGGGAGCACCUGUGUGCGUGCAAGCGCAUGGGUGUGCGGCCACCUGCACGUGUGUGUACAUGGCCGUCCCCUGCUCGUCCCCCCGGGGCCACGCGCCCCGCUCAGCGCCGGUGUCCCCAGGUCUUCGUCAAGUGCCACUUCGACUACGACCCCAGCGCCGACAGCCUCAUCCCCUGCAAGGAGGCCGGGCUGCGCUUCGCCGCCGGGGACCUGCUGCAGAUCGUCAACCAGGAUGACCCCAACUGGUGGCAGGCGCGCCACGUGGAGGGUGGCACCGCCGGCCUCGUCCCCAGCCAGCUCCUGGAGGAGAAGCGCAAAGCCUUCGUCAAGCGGGACCCGGAGGUGGCCCCCACCGCCGGCGCCCUGUGCGGCAGCCUGGGCAGCAAGAGGAAGAAGAGGAUGAUGUACGUGACGACGAAGAACGCCGAGUUUGACCGCCACGAGCUGCUCAUCUACGAGGAGGUGGCGCGGAUGCCGCCGUUCCGGCGGAAAACGCUGGUGCUCAUCGGGGCGCAGGGCGUGGGGCGCCGCAGCCUCAAGAACAAGCUGCUGCUCUCGGACCAGGCGCGCUACGGCACCACCGUGCCCC